AUGUAUAGAACAACAGUGAAAAUCCCGCCUGACUUUGUGAACAUCGACGAGUUGCGCAGUUAUAUUGAACUGGUAUAUGAUGUUAGGAUUAUGACAGAGCCGGGUUCCGCCAACGAAGUAGUAAUCAGGACAAAUUUAGCAUCAGAAUUGGAAGCUGCACAAAAUCUUUCCCUCCUUUUUAUCGGUCCUGAAUCGAAGGUCGAGUCCGAAUUGCCUGUUAAGCUUCUGAAUCUUUUUACUAUUCCUACGAUCCGGCGUUACCUUGCGAGGAGCUACAAGUUGAUAGUCACUGAUGUCAAUUGUACUCAUUUGGUUUUUCGUGGCUCCGAGGUAGCUGUGUCAACAAUCUUGAAAGCGCUCUCAAAGAUCCAGCUCUCAAAGCCCUCCUGUGAUCCCUUAGUAGAUGAAAACCUGAUUAAGUUGUGCCGCUUGCAUGACAUUGACAUCAAGCAAAUAGAUGAUAGUAGUGGCGAACUUCACUCUAUUGUCCACGAUCUCGUUGUGGAACUUGAAAGUCUUAUGAAUACCCAGGAUUCUGCAAUACAAGAAUCAAAUGGGCUCAACAAACUUGGUUUCGUUGAAGUGUUCAGACAGAAAAAGUCUGCCAAAUCCGCUUCACGAUCACGGAUCCGUAACCGUGCUCAGAGUUGUGAUCAACUUGACACACCAUUUCAAGCAGUCCCUUUUUUCCUCUCCACUGCUCUCGGACCAGAGGUCAGACGCCUUCGUCCCAUCGUGAUAGAUGGUGCUAAUGUCGCUCAUGGGGAGUCAUCUAAUUCUAAUUUCAAUGUAUCAAAUCUGCGCUGCGUUAUCAACUACUUUGUGCAACGCGGCCACGAGGAGAUAGCGGUGGUGCUGCCCAGCGAUGGACAGACACCUUGUGCUGCACUCUUUUCGCCGGCAGAGCUUGCUAAGUACUUCGUCUUUACACCAGUUCGACGUCUUGAUCGGGGCGUCCGACCCCAAAAGACUGAUGACGACAGCGUCAUCCUGCAGUACGCCCAAGAAAAGGGCGGUGUUGUGAUCUCCAACGACCAAUAUCGUGACUGGUUGAAGGCGAGACCUGAAUUCCGCGACCUCAUCGAAAACCGUGUGAUUCCAUACAGUCUUCGAAUGGGAAUUUUCAUAAUUUCUUACUACCCUUUGGGGAAGCACAAACCUUACCUCGACGAAAUUCUCGCCUUCCCGGGAUAA